AGCUGACCAAAAUCCCAAACAAGGAAAUGGUGGGGUAAUAAAACGAACGGAUCAUUUAAUUAAUGCAUGUUAUAAUUAAUAUUUUAUUUUAUUGUAAAUUAAGAAAUAUUUAUGGGUUAAAAUGGACUACGACUUCAAAACGAAGCUCGCCGCCGAGAGGGAGAGAGUGGAGGAUCUGUUUGAAUAUGAAGGUUGUAAAGUGGGUCGCGGCACAUACGGGCAUGUUUAUAAAGCGAAGCGUAAAGACGGGAGAGAUGAGAGGGAGUACGCCCUGAAACAGAUAGAAGGCACUGGCAUCUCCAUGUCUGCCUGCAGGGAAAUCGCUUUACUGAGAGAACUGAAGCAUCCGAAUGUCAUCGCCUUGCAAAAAGUAUUUUUGUCUCACAGCGACCGCAAAGUUUGGCUUCUGUUCGACUAUGCCGAGCAUGAUCUGUGGCACAUCAUAAAGUUUCAUCGGGCGUCGAAGGCCAACAAGAAGCCCAUGCAGCUGCCGCGGGGAAUGGUGAAGUCAUUACUCUACCAGAUAUUAGACGGGAUCCAUUACCUGCAUGCCAACUGGGUUCUGCACAGAGACCUGAAACCUGCCAAUAUCUUGGUGAUGGGUGAGGGUCGAGAGCGAGGGAGGGUCAAAAUCGCUGAUAUGGGUUUUGCGCGGCUGUUUAAUUCUCCAUUAAAGCCAUUGGCUGAUCUGGACCCGGUGGUCGUGACGUUCUGGUAUCGAGCUCCUGAGCUUCUGCUCGGGGCGAGACACUACACCAAAGCAAUCGAUAUUUGGGCAAUAGGCUGCAUCUUUGCUGAGCUGUUGACGUCAGAACCGAUCUUCCAUUGCCGACAAGAAGACAUAAAGACCAGCAAUCCUUUCCAUCACGACCAGUUAGAUCGCAUCUUCAGUGUCAUGGGCUUCCCAGCAGAUAAAGACUGGGAGGACAUCCGGAAAAUGCCAGAGUAUCCGACGCUCCAGAAAGAUUUCAGACGAACCACAUAUGCCAACAGCAGUCUCAUCAAAUACAUGGAGAAACACAAAGUUAAACCCGACAGCAAAGUCUUUCUCCUGCUUCAGAAGCUGCUCACCAUGGACCCCACCAAAAGAAUCACAUCUGAACAGGCGCUGCAGGACCCCUAUUUCCUCGAGGACCCCUUACCCACAUCUGAUGUCUUUGCCGGAUGUCAGAUUCCCUAUCCCAAACGAGAGUUUCUCAAUGAAGAUGAGCCCGAGGAGAAAACUGAGAAGAAUCAGACACAGCAGCACCAGCAGACGGCUGCGCAGACGCAGACUCAAACACAGACGCAACAGGCUCCAUCCCAGCAGAGUUCAGCGCAGAUAAACGGCACGGCAGGGACCAACACGGGUCCGUCCAUACAACACGGACAAGACCAGGGGCCACCCAACAAAAAGCCCCGCACCUCAGGAACCAGUGUUCUUCAGACAGAAUACCAGCACUCUGGCUCGAGGCUCGGUUACCAGAGCAACGUCCAAGGCUCCACCCAGUCGCAAAGCACUAUGGGAUACUCUUCGUCAUCUCAGCACCAGUCGCACCGAUACUGAGACUCCAAAACACAAACAUAAGUAUUUCAACGAAAUAUAACCGCGCACGCAUACAACCAGACAAGUGGAUAUUGAACUGGAAUGCUUUCACGUCUUCUGUCCAGAACUAUCCCUAACCCUAAGCCCCCAUAACACAUCCCACAAUCCUCUACAGAUGCCCCGUUCAGCUGAAGCACAGAGCCACGAUGGUCGUUUUCCUAGAACUACAAAACGAUCAAGUUCAAUUUCAUCCCUCUUAGACCAAAUGUUAGCCGGUCUGACAGAAUCAGCUACCAAAAUGCUUUUCGGGCCAGAGUUACAGGAGGAGGCAAUAGACCCGUGACAAUGAAUCACUAAAGGUGACGUCUCGCUAGAUAGACUUGAGUUCAGUCAAGCUUUGAUAUAUUAUCCACAACUAUGUGUUUCGUAAAUACGAUAUCUUAUUCGGCAAAGAAGUGAAAAUGCGACAUCUUAGUCCUGUGUCAGCCACCGUAGUGAUUCGAAAGGGAGGGGUGGAGUGAGCCGUUGGUUGCAAUUCGUAACCUCACCACUAGAUGCCGCUAAAUUUCAUACACUGGACCUUUAAGCUCUGGUUGUGUAGGUCUAGUGGGACGUCAUCCUAAUGCAUCUUUAUUCACAGUAAAUCUCUUUCCUCACGGCUCGCGAUGGUUUAUCGUAAGCCUCUUUCAGACGCCCCCCCAGAGACAUCUGCGGUAUGUAAGCAAUUGUACAUAAGAAGCCUCUCGUCCAGUGAAAUGAGCUGCCUGCAUGUACGGACAGUCCACGGGACACUUGAUCGUGUUAUAUAACGCGUGUAUAUUAUAAAGACUGAAGAACAAAGAGCACUUAUCAUGAGACGGUGUGAACGGACCCGACCUCCACACAGUUUCUACACUUUUCUCCUUCUGAUGUCUAACAGACGUGUUGUGUAGUAGAUGAGGGGAAAGCCUGUUCGUUCUCGUCCUGCCUGUUUGCAUUGGUUACGAUAACAAUUAAAUAAGAAAUAAUACGAAGGGGGUCAUUCUGCAAAACGGGUGCCGUGCGUGUCUCAUAUAUAUAUAUAUAUAUAUACUGUAUAUAUGUGUGUGUCUGUGGAAAAAUAAUUUUAACAAAGAAUAGCUCAUGCCAGCUUUACUAUGUGUUCAUAUAGAGCGUUUUAUAAACAUAUCAAUUAAAAUUACAUUGUUUUUUUUCUUUUUGAUAUCCUCAUCCAGUGUUUUUACCAAAUAUUUUGUUGAAAACAAAAUAUAUGGAGAUAAAAGCUAGCAUGCUGAUUUUAAUCUCUCUCUCUCUCUCUCUCUCUCUCUCUCUAUAUAAAUGCACUCUAUUGAUAUUUAUUAUAAAAAAGAAAUGAAGUGGUGCCCAUAGAUAAUGCAUCAACCAUCUUACUAUUUAAUUUUUUGAAGGAAUAAAUGUAAAAAUAUAAGUCUUCUCUUUUCAAUCACUUCACGUUAUGUUUUGAGAGUUUUUUAUAGAAAACAAGUCAACCCUGUUACUAUUGUUUUUUAUAGUAAACAAUUGAGAUUUUAAAACCGAUAUUUCUAGAAUGAUCAGCAUUACAUUUCUAAAGGCGUCAUUAUAUCCCAACAUACAGUAUAGACAGUAUAACAGAGAAAUGAUGUCUGUUUAAAAAACACUUGUUGAACUUUUUCAGGCACCCGUUUCAUAGAAUUCCCUGACAGAACAAUGACAUUUUCUCUUUCUCUUCCUUGAAGAAUGCUUUAGGAUUUUGGUCAUGACUAAAAGCCCUAAAGCUGUGUGUGCGUGUGUGCGUGCGUGUGUGCGUGCGUGCGUGCGUGUGUGCGUGUGUGUUGUUACUCGGGGCAGCUAGCAGUUGAACUGCUUGUGUGACUGUUACCUCUUCUUCUCUCCUCUGUUUCUUCCGUGUUUUAUAUGCUUAUAGUCUUUUAUAAUCUGUAUAUUAUUGGUUUUGGAGUCCAGUUUUCUCUUGUUGUCUGAGCUCUGCAUCAAUCAAAGUCUACCCGACUCGCUCCUCGGAUGUUAAAUCAGACAUUAUCAGGUGAAGCUGGAGACCUCAGCCGUGGGUCUUUGUGGAUGGUGUGUGUGUGUCCCGUCUGUGGUCUUUUUCACAUGACUCGUGUGUGAUGAUGUGACCUAUCAACAGAUCUCAUCUCUUCUGCCUUUGGUUUCCCGCAGUGUGCUUUGGAUUUGGUAAAAGCAAUCAAGCCUUCCUAAAAACUGUUUUUUUUGUCCAUUUUGUGGAUGUGUUGGAAUCAGAGGUUGUUGUGAGGUUCCUCGCAUGUCAAUGUGAGGUGAAUACAGAUCAAGUCUGAGAAUAUAACAUAUUGGUUUUUUUCUUUUCAUUUAAAAUCUGGAAUGCUUGUUUUAUAAAAAUCAAAUCAAAAACCAAAUGUAAGAAGACGAAACAUUUAAGAUUACGCUUUUUCUCAAAUUGAUGCAAAAAUGAUCAUUUUAACUCAGAAGCUCAAAUUGUCAGUAUUUGCAAAGGGCCUUAAAGCAAAAACGUACACACGUCAAAUACUGCACGGUUUUUAUCUGCCUUCAUUUUUUAAGAACUCACCACUGGCCACAAGUUGAAAUAAUACAUUAUAAUGACUUGUAAAGCCAAUUCGAGGCUACUUUUAAAAUUGAAAGCAGCAAACACGAAGAGUUUAUUUGCAAAAGUUUUUUUUAAUUUUUCAAAAAUCAUGUUAUUUAUUGUUAUCAUGUUUUUAUUGCGUUUGUUAGCUGUAUCUUUUAAGUUAUUACUGUUUAAUCAAAACAGCCUAACUGCAGUAUGUAUGAUUUAUAAUCUAUUUGAUGAGUUUGGUUCCAAAAUGAGAUACCUCCGUUUUUAAAAAUGUUCAAUAAUCAUGUUUAUUAUUAUGUUAUCAUGCUUUUAUUGUGUUAGUUAGCGGUAUUUUUAGCUGUUAGAGUCAUUAUGGCUUAAAUCAAAACAAAGCAACUGAAUUUUGAUUGAUAUUAAUUGAAAUGCACAAUAAAAAACAUGAUUAUUGAUUUUUUAUUUAAAAAAGAUUAUUAAAAGUUAUCUGUUUUUGCAAAUGUACUCUUUGCAUGUUUAUAUUUUCCUUUCAUUCUUUUUCUUAUGCAGCAUUUUACUUUUGAUUGUACAUUUGAAAUGCAAAACUAUUCCACCAUGGAUUUGUAUUAUGUGUGGGGUGAAGGGUUUCGAGGAACCUUUUCUCAAAUGAUAAGGAAUACCUGUAGUCCCACGUUUUUUUUUUAAUGAGAGAAAACCAAGUGUUGUGCAUGCCAUAGUUCCUUACAUUUCAAACAGAACUGCAAAUAACACAAUAAAUAAGAAGCCUGUUGUUUUGUUUUUGUAGACACAUUUCAUCACCCUAUUUAUAACCUUGAAACCAAAAGCAUCAAAUGUUGAGUGCAUGAAGUUAUCAUGACAACCAAAUACAUCGCUAGAUUUCAAAUGAAAAUAUAGACAAAAUCGUUUUUCUCUGCAUGAAUCACAAGCUGUACCACAUGUGAUAUUUAAUAUUAAAAUAUUGACACUUUGUUGUGAAUUGUUGGUCUAUUUGAAGAAUGCCAGACAUCUGGGGACAUCUGGUCACCCUUUAUUUUGCUCUGUACGAUUUGGGACAGGAACGUCAUACACGCCUGCUAUGCAAAACAUCUAAAGGGAGCCCAGAUCAAAGAUGCGUUUUUUCCCCGUUGAUUUCAAUCUGCACUGUCUUGUCAAAUGUGGUCUUUGAAUGAGGCAUUCAUGGAUAGUGUGUUGUAUUUUUGUUUUCAAAUGAUGAUAGAUUGUCAAAUAUUUAUAAUUAACUCUGUACAAUCGGAUUUAUUACUCGUAAACUAUUACUCUGGUUUGUAUCUCUCUGUAUAGAUGUUUGGAAACAUAUCUGACCUUUAUUUGUCAUAUAAGCUGUACAGCAUUGGAAAGGGAUAGUUCAGCCACAAAAAAUGAAAAAUCUUUCAUCAUUUACUUAACUAUUUACAUUGGACCCCAUUGACAUCCACUGUAUGAACACAAAAGCAGAUUUGUUAUUUUUGGGUGAACCAUUCCUUUAAAGUCAUCUUAAUCUUUGAUGUGUUUUUUUUCUGCUGUCAGACACGGCGCUGUACAUGUAGUUGUAGAAGCAGUAAAAUGCACUAAACUCCAUUACCCAGAAAUCCUGCAUUUGGCAUGUAAGGCUUCACAUUCGGACUCUUUGUAUGUCAUGGCAUGAUGUGAAAAUUGUGGUGGAGAAAUUCGUGUAGCAUGACGUUUAGAUUUGAUCAGUGGCUCUCAAUUGGUUUUACAUCAGGACUGAAAUAAUAACACAAUGCAGCUACCAAAAAAUAAACAUUUCAAUUCAAAAGCACGAUAACGCCCUCAAAAUGCAGCAUCAUUGUUCAUUUAUUAGGUUUUUUCAAUGCUUUGACGAUCAAAACAUGUGAUGUUUGUGUUAAUCCUUUCUCGUGUUUAAUGUCCAAUUUAACUUUGUGUUUUAUUCGAGUUUCACAUGUCUGUGCUAUUAUUUGUUUAUUUUGGCUAACUUAUCAAGUGCUGGAUGAUUUUUUUAAAUGUUGUAUCCAUGCCUCUUCAAAGUUGAUGCAUAUAUUAUUUUUGCAGUCCUAACUGUGCAUUGUGUUUUUUAUUGAAGUGCUGUGAUGGACCGGUUGAAAGCCACUGGUGUAGAGAUUUGGCUCUAACAUCUGCUCAGAUGAUUAUUUGCACUUUCUGUCCAGUUUUUAAGCAAGCCAGUAAUUGAGUGUUUUUUUUACAGAUCACUUACAGAUUGUACAUUGAUGUACAUUAUCGAGAUAAAUCUUUCACUUUCUCUCUGUUACCUUUUUUAUUAUGAAACAUCUCAGAUUAUGGACUCUUUUUUGUUUCGAGUAUUAAGUGUUAUUUUUAAUGCAUCGGAUUUGUGAAUUGAUUUAUGGAAUACAGAAGUCUGUGUGAUGCUGGUCUGAAGGAGGUACAUGUAUAUGGUCAUAUUUGUUUUUCUUUCCCUUAAAGUGACAGUGCUCUUUAAAAGAAAUUUCAAUAAAUGUUUGAAAAUAAAAUAAGUGUUCAGCAUUUUAAAACGAUUGCCAUGUUAGGAUAUGUUGCAAUAUUCUUACUGAAUUGUAGAGGCGGGUGGGUAAUUUUUGUGUGCUUUUUUGUCAUUUAAACACUAAACUUACAACAUGUAUCAUAUAGAAAUAAGUAAGAUGAUACCCUUAUAUGAACAUUCAGCUUGGAAAAAUUUUAGAGACCCAUUCAAAUCAUUUUUUUAUUUUAAAAUGUACUGUGUAGGUACUAUGUGUUUAGGUAAAAUGAUCAUUUUUGUUUCAUUCUGUGAACUACUAACAACAUUUCUACCUAAUUUCAAAUAAAAAUACUGUUUCUAUUUGCAUUUAUAUGCUGAAAAUAAAAACUGGAGAAA